AUGUCUGUCACCAAUAAGAAGAGGACAUACAUCACUAGCCGAUACAGAGCAGAUGCUGAUUUUGAGUUGAAGCUGAAGCAAUAUAUCAUUCGCAUAUAUGCGACAGAUGCCAAUUUCAACUUGAAGCAGAAGCAAUAUAUCACCAGCAAGUAUGCGACAGAUGUUUAUUUCAACUUGAAGCGGAAGCAAUACACAACCAGCAAAUAUGCGACAGAUGCCAAUUUUAACUUGAAGAAGAAGCAAUACAUCACCAGGAAAUAUGCAACAGAUGCAGGUUUCAAGUCAAAGCAGAAGCAAUACACAACCGGCAAAUAUCAUAAUGAACGUCACUUGCAACAUUGCAUGAGUUACAUGAAAACGAAGCGUCACACUCAAGCAGAUUUUCGCAUAACCCAUAAGAUGCAAUGUACCUUCAAAAUAAUAAUGAAAUACAGACGAUGGACUUGUGUCAUGCGAGAAUGCAGUCAACCAGUGGACAACCGCCUAAUGCAGACAGCUAUAUCUACUUUCCAUGAAUGCAUUAAAGCUGAGCCAACUUUUGUGUGCAUGAUGUGUCAUCGCACCCUUUUCCCUAACCAAGUGAAACAUUGCAUUCACAGCAAUUACAAGAAGAAUUUACACAUUGUUGUUGCCUGUUUGACAGGGAAAUAUGUCCAUGUGGGCAACAAUCACUGUCAAGGCCCUGAACAAUGCACCGUACCAGAUGAAAGGCCCAAAGAAUGGAUUUGUAACAACUGUGUUUCACAUUUAAAAGCUGGACACAAAUCAUCCAUCACUGUGGCUAACAACAUGGAGCUGGCGCCCAUUCCCCCAGAGCUCUGCGAUUUGUAUGUGCUGGAAAGACAACUUUUGGCCAAAAUACUGCCAUUUGCCAAGAUCAUCACACUUCCCAAAGGUAGACAGGCAGCUAUACAUGGCACUGUAGUGUGUGUGCCAUCCGAGGUCAAAACCACGGCCAAUACUCUACCAAGAUCGCAGAGCACAUCCCAAUUACACAGAGUGAAGUUGAAAAGACGUCUGACUUACAAAGGCCACCAGCUGUUUCACAAUGUCAACAUGAGAAAUGUAGUAGCAGGUCUGUCAAAACUCGAUGAUAAUGAUGAUGGGAUGGAACUCGACAGUUGUGAUGAAACUAAAAUGAUGGAGAUACAUGAACGCAUCCAAAAAAAAUUGUGA